AAAAACCCUAAUUUCAACUUCAUUCUCUUUCUCUUUUCUCUCUCAACCUCUACGCAAUUAAUCUCUUCAACAGCUACAGCCUCUCCUAUGGCGACGGCGGGCGACGGAAGGGCUCCCUACGAAAGCAGCGGAGCCGGAGGAAAGUUCCGUAAGAGGCCUUACCGGCGUAGUACUCCGGCGACGCCGUAUGAUAGACCUCCUACGGCACUCAGGAACAACAAUCCUGGCCUAUUUACGAAGCUUGUGGACCCUGCUUCCAGACUCAUCUAUGCCGGGGUUCAUAAGCUCUUCGGCGUUUUCCGCAAGCGUCUUCCUCCCCUGUCUUUACAAGGACUGCCAGGGAUUAGUGAAGAACCACAAAAUGUUUCUCAGGAUGUAGGGAGAAAUAAUUCUAUUGGAGUAUCAAAAGCUAGCACUGAUCAAGACAUGAAUUCUGCUGCCACUGGGAUAUCAGAGCUUGAGCAAAUGUUGAAACAAAAAACCUUUACUAGAUCUGAAAUCCAGCACUUGACAACAUUGUUGCAUUCAAGAACCACCGAGUCACCUGAUAAUGUUGUAGACAUAAAUGGAGCAAAGCCUCAUAGCUCACCUUCUCCUCUUUUAAGGCUUGAAGCAUCAACAAGUGGCUCAAUGAAAAAACAUGGAGACAACAGGGAUAACUUCCAUGCUACUAUUUCAACUCCCUUUGUCAGUUCAAAAGUUCUUGAAGAGGAGACUCCUUCACCUGCUGAGGUGGCAAAGUCUUACAUGGGAUCCAGGCCUACAAAGCUAGCACCAUCGCCACUUGGAUUAACCAGCCAUAACACAACUAGCCUUCAAAAAACAUCAAUUACUCCAAAAACUGCAAACAAUUUCAAAGGUCUUAAAAAUGGUUUCUUGACACCAAGAUCAAGAGGCAGGUCAGCAAUGUACAGCAUGGCUAGGACACCAUAUACCAAAAGUCCUUUAAAUUUUAACCAAAAGGAAAUCAUGUCAACAUCUUCUCAGUCUCUAAAACGUAGGAGUUCUGUUUUAGAUGAUGAUUUUGGAUCUGGGGGCCCACUGCGUAGAACUCGACAAAAACCUAAUCUUUUAUUACAGUCAAGAGAAAAAAGAGAACUUGGAUACACUACUUUUCAACAACCGAUGCUUUUAGAGAACAAACCUGAAGAAAAUGGAGACGCUGCUAUCCAUGGGUCAACUCAUGGAUCUGUUCCAGCAAAGUCAACUCAAACAGCUACAAAAAUAUUCCAACAACUUGAAAGAUUGACUCCAAAAUCGCCCACUAAACUGACAUCAAAUAUGCUCCAUGGUCAGGCUCUUAGAAGUUUGGAGAAAGCGGAUUCACCUAAAUUUCUCCAAACCUCUCAUGACACUCAGAAAUCAGAGUUUCAGCAUGAGUCAACCAGUAAGUCAACCUCUCGAGGCAAAGAAAAAGUUGAAGAAAAUGGUGAAAGAAAGUUCCCUGUUCCUUUUAACAUGUUGACACCUGUUAAUGGUGAUUUGGGAGUUUCUAUAAAAGAAAGUUCACAGAUUGUUACAGUUGAUGAUUCAACUUCAAUUCUUCCAUCUGAACCUCCUCAAAAGAGGCGUGCCUUUCAGAUGAGUGCUCCUGAGGAUACAUGGGAGCUAGAUGAUGAUGAUGAUGAUGACAUCCAUGUUAAUGGGCAUGUGUACACUCCACCUGUUGUUGAAAACAAUAAACCAGAGACAAGUUUAGUAGUGAACAAACCUGGUUCUGCUGACAUCAUUGAACCUCCAACACCGCCGGUAGUCUUCAAAACUCCGGCACCGGUUGAAGCAACUCCGGUGGUGGCUGAAGUAACUCCGGUUGCAAAAUCUUCAGAGAAAGUUGAGUUGAAAGAAUCUGAAAAAGCCACACCAUUUCCAAAAACUGAUGGAUUUCUUGGUGGGAAUGUUAUUGAGCAAGAAACAGGAUUUAAAUUCCCAACCUCACCUCCAUCAACUUUCACCACACAAAAAGACGAGGUUACCCCUACUGAAAAGGUGUCACCAUUUCAGUUUUCUGGUAGCGAGCUUUCAGAAUCCAAACCAAAAGCACCUGAUUCGACCAGUGUAUUUAAUUUAGACACAAAGAAUGAUCAAGUUAAGGUCACCAACAAGGAUGAAAAUGGAAAUGAUCAAAAGCUGGAAAAUAUUCCUGCAGCUUCAUCAACAAGUGCUAUCUUCUCAUUUGCCAGCUCAGCAGCAAAGGACUCAAGUGGUCCCACCCCCACCAUGACACCUGAUUCAAGCUCUCCUAUAUUUUCUUCAUCAACUUCUUUUCCAGCUUCUGAUGCAAAUGCAAAUUCAGUUUUCAAUAAUAGCUCUUCCAAUAUUAUCCCCGCCAGUACUUCCAUAGCCACUAGUAGUGUCUUCUCUACUACAUCUUUACCACCACCAGCCUUCAGUUUCGGGUCUUCUAAACCAACAACUUCUUUGGCAGAAACUGGGAAGGCUGAUGCUAUAACUGAAAAGGAACCAAAAUCCACCAUAAGCAGCUCGCCUUUUGCCACCAUCACCACCCCAAAUGGUGGUGGUCUCUUUGGCUUUAGUUCUCCGACAGCUACUUCCACCACCACCGCCGCCACCACUACAACAAAUGGCGGCGCUCUCUUUGGCUUCAGCUCUCCGGCAGCCUCUUCCACCACCACCGCCGCCACAAGUGGUGGUGCUCUCUUUGGCUUCAGUUCUCCGGCUGCUACUUCCACCACCACUAGUGGCAGUGCUCUCUUUGGCUUUGGUUCUUCGGCAGCUACUUCCACCACUGCCACCACCAGUACAACAAAUGGUGGCGCUCUCUUUGGUUUCAGUUCUCCAGCAGCCACUUCCACCACCACCACUGCCACAAGUGGUGGUGCUCUUUUUGGCUUCAGUGCUCCGGCUGCUACCUCCACCACCACCACCACUAAUGGCAGUACUCCGUUUGGCUUCAGUUCUCCGGCUGCUACCUCCACCACCACCACCACUAGUGGCAGUACUCCGUUUGGCUUCAGUUCUCCGGCAGCUACUUCCACCACCGCCACCACCACAAAUGGUGGUGCUUUCUUUGGUUUCAGUUCUCCAGCCGCCACUUCUACCACCACUGCUCAAUCGCAGGGGUCUUUCUUUAAUGCCGCCAGUGGUUCUCAAUCAAACACACAGACAUCUACUCCUGUUACUCAGGCUGUUCCCUUCCAGUUUUCUUCAAGCAGUUCUCUAUUUGGAUCUUCCGCUCCUGCUUUUGGCAUUAGUUCUUCAGAGGGAAAAUCCGGUAAUUCCACUAGUGGGUCCACCUCCACCACUAGCAUAUUUGGUUCUUCUUGGCAACCCCCAAACUCUUCAGUAUUCUCAUUCGGGGCAUCAUCUGCAGCCACAACUCCACCUAUCACAUUUGGUGCAUCAUCUAAUACAACCGCAUCAACAGGAUCUUCCAUGUUUUCAUUCACCACAUCUGGUCCCACCAAGCCGUCUUUCACAACCCCCUCCACAGUUUUUGGAAACCCAACUCCUGUUUUUGCGAAUAAUAAUAAUAAUAAUAAUAAUGAUCAAAUGAGUAUGGAAGACAGCAUGGCAGAGGAUUCUAUGCAAACUCCUAGUCCAAGUCCUGUUUCUGUUUCACCAUUUGGUCAAGCAGCUCCUGUGGCUGCAUCACCAGGGUUCAUGUUCGGUUCAGCCACCCCGGCCCCACCACAAGCGGCGGCUCCUUUCCAAUUUGGUGGCCAGCCAAACCAAGUGCUGCCUCAGAAUCCUUUCCAGUCAUCUAGUGUAGAGUUUAAUGCUGGUGGAGGAAGCUUUUCGUUGGGGUCUGGUGGUGGCGAUAAAUCUGGAAGGAGGAUGGUGAGAGUUACUAAAAGCAAGAACAGGAGGAAGUGAGGCCAUUUUUUAAAAAAGGUAUCAGUGUUUUGAUGUAAUGCAUAUGCACCACCUUCUUUUUUAUUUUCUUUGUGUCUUGUUAUUGUGAAAUAUUGUUGUAGUUAGAAUGUUGUUAGAUCACAAUUUUGGAGCAAAGUGUUGGUAGUGUGAAGUUUUAGAUUCAUAUGUUACUGUUGUAGAUUUCACAGUCGUACUCUUUUAUGUAGAAAAUACAUAAGCCAAGGGUAUUGAAAUUUUACUACAGGUA